AUGACCAAUGAUGUCUUUGAACCACAGUUCACGGGUUGGAGGAUGAAACGGUUUGUUAUAAAACUUAAUAGCUCUGAUAAUUGUGUUAAAAUGAAGAAUAAUGAUGUGGUAAUUAUUGAAAAUAUUGCUUCAUCAAAAUUAGAUGGCAAUAUAAUGAUAAUUGGAAGAAAAUACAAUACAGUUGAGAAUUUUUUUGAAAAGCCUUGUGCUUCAAACUUGUUAAGUAUAUACAAUGCAUCUCAACUUAGUCACCUUCAAUCGUGGAUGUUAAGUGAUAUAAAAGAAAAAUUAAUGUGCUUGCCGCUGAUCGAUUAUGACAUAAAUAACUGUGUCAUACUGCCUCUAUUGCAUUUACAAUAA